CCCCCCCCCCCCCCCCCCAAUAUCUCCUACAUCAUAUCCCGCCGUGUCGCACCCCGCCUCCGUGGCACACACUGCACACACAUACACACACACGCACUCACACACACAUAUCCAUCUACUCAUCCUCUCUGCUGCUGCUGCCACGGCCUCAUCUACCACGGCUGCUACUACUCUUCUUACCUCACCUUUACUUGCUUUAUCCACGGCCCCCCCGACCACUCACCCACCCGCCCAUUGAAGAGAGGAAGCACUCACCAACAAGGAAAAAAGUACGGAUACGUGCGCGCGCCGCCCGCUUCGCCCGCCCCUCGCGGGCAGGAACAGAUCCCCGAACCGCAAUCUCUCGGCGGCUCUCUCCUCCCUCACUCUCCGAGUCUUGCUCGAGGGCCCAUCGCCGUCCAUGUUCGCUGCGACGACGACGACGACCGCCGUCGCCGCAAUGGACCCUCAUGCCCAGCAGCAGCAACAACAACAACAACAGCAACAGCAACAACAAGCCCAGCCUCCACAGGACCCUCCCGAGUUCAUCCUCGACGUCUUCGCCGACCCGCGAUCUGUCCGAGACGUCGUCAAAGGUGCGCGCCCUUCCCCUCGCCCCGAGCAGAGCCCUUGUCUAGCAUGUCUUUCCCUUUGCGUCAGGGCCUCAUCGCCUGCCGGCCGGCCAAGCCAAACCCCCCCGUCCUUCUCUUUCUUAUCAACUGGCAUCCUGCAUACCAUCUUCUUCACCCGCUUCUUCCCCUCCCUCGCCCCCCGCACGCGUGAGGUCCUCGACCUCACCCUCCCCUACGUCGACGAUGACGAGCUCGAGACCAUGAUCGACCAGCGAGCCGCCGCCCUUGAACGCCAGCUCGACGCCCAGCGCAACAGCAACACCCACAGCCACAGCCAAAACUAUAGCAACAGCAACAGCAACAGCAACAACAACACCGCCUUCACCACUACUGGCGGCGGCGGAGGCAGGGGCCAGGUCACGGUCCAGUUCUUCGAGAAGAAGCGUCGCAAGACCUGGCUCUCGCGCGGAGACGAAGAGGUCUGCUGGGAGUGCUGGACCGUCAAGGUCACCGUCGCCGAGCCGCGCACAGAAAGCGGUACCGCUGCCCCCCGACCCCUUCCUCCCCCUUUUCUUCUCUAGUGACGAUUGCUUACGCAACUCUUCUUCCUGCAGAGCGCGCCAAGGUCCGCCGCGCCAUGGAGCAGACCCUCUUCACCACGGCCAUGAAGAUUGUCACGUUUGCCAACGCCCAAAAGGACCACAUCCCCCCCAUCACCUCGCAGGGCGGCAACCCUUUCCCCUUCAAGAUUACCGUCGACCAGCAAAAGGAGACGGGCUGGGCCGCCCGCAUGCGCAUAUACUAAAUCGGACCCGGCAUGAAUGGCCUCGCGUGGUGGUCUUGUUGCUUUUAACAACAUGAACAACACGCACGCACGCAUGCACGCACGCACACAACACUGGAGUGGACGACUGUUGUUCUAGGAUACGGCGUUUUGGGGGAUCAGCUGGGUUCUGUGUGGGGAGAGGGGUAUUUGUUUGUUCCAACGGAGGCGCGAUUCUUGUUGCACUUAGAUACCCGAGUUGGCGUCCGUACGAGAUAUACAUGGUGGUGAGCCAAAGCAUAGCAAUGCGGUCAAGUCAGACCCAGCGUCAGUCACAUAGGGGAACCCUCGUCACUGCGUCGUGCAAAUGGAACUUGGUUCAACUUUCAGAGGCGCGUCAAAGGCACCCGUGUCCGCACCCGUUUUGCAAAGUCAAGUCAAUCUGAGCCCGUGUGUGACCCGAAACGCUCUGACCCCCAACGCUGAUCCAGCCGCC